UCGCACAGUUGGGCCGGUAGAGGGCGUGCCCGUGCCGUGUCGGCGCGGCGGCGGGUGGCGCCAGCGCGCGGUCAGAGUGUGGUUCCGCGGGAACGCUCCGCACGGAACGUGUCUUUUUCCUAAUCGGGGACUGACACGUCGCCGGCUCACACCAUGAUCCCCCGUAACUACCCCGUCGGGAGCAAAGUGGCUUUUGCUUUGGUUUUCCUCUUUUCCUUGCCUCUCAGCUUCAGCACCGGAGCCCUGCAGGAAGGCAGCUCACAGAUCCAGGCCGCAGAUCGGGGCUCCCAGGAGAGGCGAAUCCGCUCACAGGAAGUGGUGUUUGUCAUUCUGAGCCAGCGGAACUCAUUCCACGUGGAGCGGGCUCACAAACGCAAGGCCAGUCUCAUUCAGCAGGCAGAGAACAUCAGACAGAGCAUACCUACUGUGCUGCUGCUGCACAGCCUGUCAGAUAAUGAGGGUGACUGGAGCAUCCUUCCACUGCUGCCUUUCUUUUCUGCAUCCUAUGGAAGAAACUCCUCCUGGAUCGUGUUCCUCGAGGAAGAGACUAACGUGAAGCUGGACAAGCUGCUUGAGAUCCUUGGAAAGUACGACGCCAAGAAAGAGUGGUUCCUGGGGAAGCCCCUGCAGGACGAGGAGUCCACCAUCAUCCACCACUAUGCCUUCGCCGACAACCCCUCUGCCUUCAAAUACCCCGACUUCGGUGCGGCCUGGGCCUUGAGUUCCCCCCUCGUCAACCGGCUUGCAGAAAAGCUUAAGAACGACCCACUUAAGUCUGACUUUACUAUUGACUUAAAACACGAGAUUGCACUUUACAUCUGGGAAAAUGGAAAUGGACCAGCUCUGACUGCGAUUCCGGAGCUCUGCACUGAUCCGGAGGACCAUCCCCGCGCCUGGCGCUGUGCCACGACCCUCGACACUCCGCUUCCCCUGUGUGGGGAUCCAGUGAAGAAGGAGGACGUCUUUGUUGCCGUGAAAACGUGUAAGAAGUUCCAUGCGGAGAGAGUCCCUGUGGUCAAGAAGACCUGGGAAAAAGAGGCAGCACUACUGGAGUACUACAGUGAUCACGCGGAUCCCUCCAUACCCACCAUUGAUCUCGGAGUGCCCAACACAGAGAGAGGUCACUGUGGGAAAACCUUUGCCAUCCUGAAGAGGUUUCUGAGUGACAGUGUGCCCCAGACCGACUGGCUGCUGAUUGUGGAUGACGACACGCUCAUCAGCCUCCCUAGAUUACGGGCCCUUCUGAGCUGCUACCGGUCCAGCGAGGCCGUGUGCCUGGGGGAGAGGUACGGCUACGGUCUGAGCCAGGGAGGCUACAGCUACAUCACCGGAGGUGGGGGGAUGGUGUUCAGCAGAGAGGCUGUGACCAAGCUGCAGGGAAGUGGCUGCAGGUGUUACAGUGACGACGCCCCGGAUGACAUGGUGCUGGGCAUGUGCCUCAGUGCCCUGGGGCUGCCAGUCACUCACAGCCCCCUCUUCCAUCAGGCUCGCCCUGAAGAUUAUGCAAAAGACUACCUGGCUCACCAAGUUCCCAUUUCUUUUCACAAACACUGGAAUAUUGACCCAGUUGAAGUCUUCCACAAGUGGCUGGUGGAUGAUAAAAGGGACAAAAACUCCAAGCAGGCACAAGAGGGCGGUAGAGAGGAGCUAUAGACUAUGGUAUGGAUGACUGGUAACCUGGUGCUCUUGCCCUGGGUGUGAAUAAUGAAUUUUAAGUCUGUGUGUGUGUGUGGGUGGGUGAGUGGGUGGAUGACUGUGAAUAAACUGUGUGUACAAUGUUUAUGAAGUUGAGCAAAAGUGUUACAAUUCACUGGUGUAAAUAUUCAAUAAAUGUUGUCCUCUCCAACUCUUAUGGGUAUGUACUUGAGCUUGUGUUUAGCAGUUAUAGUCAGUUUAAUGAAUGAUCACAAUUUUUAUAUCAGUUAUUUGUUUAAAAACGUUUUCUUGCAAUAAUAUUUAUAAUAAAAACAAGUGAGAUUCCAUGUAAAAAUGUACACUCAGGUAUUUCUGCUGUGUUGUAAAAGGAUGUAAGACAUGGUCAAAGCUGUACAACAUUACUAUGCAGUGAAAGAGCUGCUCAAGGUUCAUUUUUGCACUGAAUUAUUUGUUUAUUAUUUGCAUGAGAAACUAUUGUUCGGGCUGUUGAACUCGUAGAGUCAAACCAACAAACCUUUUUUCCCCCAGUUCAGUAGCCAAUAAGAGAAAUUUCAUCUGAAGCAUGACUAAAAUGUGAUUUGCAUUGAUCAGUCAUAACUGCAUUAUCUGCAGUUAAAACCACUGACAGGUGAAGUGAAAAACAUUGUGUAUCUCAUUAAAAUGGUACCUGUCAAGGAUGCCAUUAUGUAUUAGGCAAGUGAACAGUCACGUGUUACGUGUAUCAGAACAAUGGGCACGUGAACAUCAGAACUGGGCCAUGGAGCAGUGUAAGAGUGUCUUGGUCUGAGUUGCAUUAUCUUACAUCAUUGUGUUGUUUACCUGGGGAAGAGAUGGCACCAGGAUGCACUAUGGGAAGAACGCAAACUGAUGAGGCAGUGUGAUGCUCUGGGAAAUGUUGGGAAACACCCAAGAAACCUUGGGUCUUGGCAUCUAGGUACCACCUACUUAAACAUUGUUGCAGAAGAGUAUGCCCCUUCAGGGUAAUGGUAAUUCCCUGAUGCCAGUGGCCUCUUGUAGAAGGAUUAUCUUCCCUACCAUGCUGCAAAAACUUCCAAGAAUGGUUUGAGGAACAUGGAAAAUUAGUUUAAAGUGUUGACUUAGUCUUGAAAUUCUUCAAUCUGAUCGAGAAUUUGUGGGAUGUGCUGGACAAACAAGCCUGAUCCAUGGAAGCCCAACCUUGCAGCUUGCGUGACUUAAAGGAUCUGCUGUUGAUGUCUUGGUGUUAGAUAUGACACGACACCUUCAAAGGUCUUGUGGAGACCAUGCCUCAAUGGGUCAGGGCUGUUUUGGUGGCACGAGGGGGACCUACACAGUAUUAGGCAGGUGGUUUUAAUGUUAGGAGCGAUCAGUGUAAUAUCAUAAUAUCAUUAAUGUGUAAGUUUGGCUUGAAAUGCAAGUCUGAAAUGAAAAAGUAUUUCAGCAGUUGCUGCAUCAUCCAUGCCAAUCUUGGAUUGAAAUGUAGGUUACUGUAGUAGCCUGCAGUAGUUUACAAUGACAAAAGAAAUGUGUCCCAAUAUGUCGAUUGCAUUUAGCUGUACUGAUUUGUUUAUAAUCUGGCUGGUUUUCACUGAUUCACCAAAAGGGAUGUUGGCAUUUUAAAUAGCAGCCUAAGCUUGGGAAAAGUUUACAUUUGCAAGUUGGAAAUCACAUUAGAGGAGAGGCUGCUACGCGUGGGGAAAUUUUAAGUCCAGAAGCAGGGAAACGCCAUAGCAACUUUUAAGGAAGGUUAAUAACUUUCUGUAAUUCUGGAAGAGUUACCAGAUUCCAUGGCGGAGGCCCAGCUUGCAAUAUAAAAUAGCUUAAUCACACCUGCCAUGUUGUUAUACAGCUCUGUUGGAGUGUAAUUAGCUAGUUUUUAAAGCACCACAAACAAGCCAAAUUUCCAUAUCAGAUACGAGACGAGUGGACUCUGACAGAUUGAAAGGCGGAAGUGUCUUUUGAAGCGGACCUGUUUGUUCAUGCACAUGAGAAAUUGUGAAAACUAAAUGGAGGGGGGAGUUGGCUCCCCUAGAAAAGUUUGCCACACAGGCCCAGGAAAAACCUUGUGUGAAUGCAAAUAAGCAGAUCAUAUGUGAAACUAUGUGGAAUGUAAAUGAAUCAUUUAAAGAACUUCAAUGGCUGCUGAUAUAUUGUUCUGGCAUAUGAGGACAUAUGAGCAGAUAUGAAAGGCAUGUGGCAAAAAUCUUUUUUUUUCUGCUCUGCACUGAAUCUGGUUGGUCAUUGUUUACCUUAUUUGUUGAGCUACAAUGCCUAAAAAUGCCGUUCCUCUUCCCUCUCCAACAGUAAGCAUAUAUAAAUGUUUUACAUAUUGUAUUUAUAUAUUGUAUCUAGCAGUCUUGUGUUAUGAAGUAUGGUGGACAAUUUUUAUGUACUUAGAAUUGGCCAGUGAAGGCAGAGGAUUUUUUUUAAUCCCUAAAGAAAAAAUUGAAUUCCUUUUUUUUUUGUAGUUUUUUUUUUUUUUUCCCCAGUUCAGGAUAUUUCAUUUUUGCUUCUUCUAAUGUCACGUCAAUCAUGACUUAGAGAGAUUCAAUUUUUUAUUUUUUUGGGGUAAAGAAGUGCUCUGCCUCUCAUCCCUCUGCCUCGUCUGCCUAAAAAAGAAUCUCAGCAGGAUUGCAAGGACUGAAGAGUCACACCGGCCCACUGGUCCAUUGUGUUGGUGGCUGCAUUUAACUCGUGACCAGAGAAAGCCUGAGCUUACAUUUGUGGAGCUCAUACACCAGAAAAAUUAUCUACUGAAUAAGAAUCGUGAGGUUGCUUAAUUCCAAAUCACAUGUUUAACCUGUGCUAUUUAACAUGCUGUAAAAAGAUUUUUUUAAAAAACGCAAUAUUAUUUUUUCACUAGAUGCUUUUAGUGGAGAAAAUCAGAUGAAAUACUUUCUUCAGCUCAAGUCCUAUAUUUCUCUUUCUAGUAAAAUGCCAAGAUUUUAUAUUUCAAUAUAGAUAUUUAAAAAAUUCAAACACUCCAGUCUGCCUGGGUUUGUUGUAGUAACAUGCCUCCAGUGCUGGUAUAUAAGGUCGUGCUCCCCUACAGUGGCUGUACAGGAAUCAAACCUAUGAUUGCAAAUGUUUCAGAUGUGUGGAAAAGAAUCGAGAAUUCUUAUCAAUCAAUACUCACUAUACUUUGUUCCAGAGAUGUGAUGUUUUAUAUGAAUUUUGUCAACUUUUGCUUUGCCAAGUACUUACUGAAUUUUUUUUCUCUUUUCGCCGUUUGCCUUACUUCUGAUAGUCUAAGCGGGCUAAGAUGCUGUGCUGUAAUUAGAUGGUCACCAGUUCAAAUCCCAUGUCAGUAGGGUGAUUUUACAGUUGGGCCCUUGAGCAAACCCCAUAACCCCAAUUGCACUAAUGUAGCUUAGGGAUCCUGAACAAAGCUUUGCUCCCCUAUCAACAAAACUGGUCAUUUCACUUCCUUCUCAAUGCAGGUAAUUUGGUGGCCUUAGGUAAGUGCCUAUUCUGUCUAUAGCUAAAGCUAGCCCUGCUCCAAAGCAAGUGUAUGAUGCUUUGGAUACAAGCAUUUUGAGUUUGAGUGGACAGAGAAUACAGCACAACAAGAGUAUAUAGUUUGUAAGCUAUUAACACAGGAGGGCUUUUAAAUACCCUUUAAGACCUCUAAUGACUCGUGAGUAGCGGGGUAAGAGUAGGAGUUUGGUUUUGGAUUCAAACACUGGUGAUUAUCUGAAUGGAACAAACCGCCCACAUUUACAAGUCAAUGAAAUAAUGCUGUUAUGAUGUAGCUGCUAAAAUGAUUCAAACUGGUUUCAAAGUACUGAAGCUUUUUUCAUUAUUUGAUGGUAUAACCUGUUGGAAUUUCUUAAUUACAUCUCAGGGAUGUUCUGUGCCACAAACUGAAAUUAUGUGUAAUUCCGGGACAUCAAAAAAAAGCCAAUAUUUCCAGAGAAAUCUCUUUAAAAAUCUACUAAUGCAGCACACUGAUAUGCACAAUUCAAAUUCAUUUCAAAUUAGUUUUAGAAGAGUACAUGUUCCCAAGAGAUUGUCAAAUGUAUUCAGAAUCCAAAGCUGCAAAUUGAAGAGCUGCAAGUUUAAAAUUUAAAACCUUCUGUCUUGUGAGGUUGGUCAUGCUUUGCCAAAUCAGUCAGUGUGAAAUUAGACUUCACAGUUCCUGCCCAUUCUUUGGUCUGAUUAAUUUUGAUGCCAGGCAAGAGUGAUUGAAACACUGUCUUCAAAAUGUGAACACAGCUGUUUUUCAUCCAAGAGCAGCAGAGAUGGGAUCAGAUUGUCUGAUGAGUAAUUGACAAUUAUAAAAUGUAUGCUUGUUUUUCUCUUGCCUUUGUCCAGAUAGAUGUCACUUUUGUCACCUACUUUUGUAUUUUGAUGAGCAAAGUUCAGUGUGGGAUUUUAAAUUACAACCAGAUGACUGUCUUUUCUUCAGAUGUCCAUGUCCAGAUCUUUUCAUUUAGGCUACCUCUUUUGGGUCUGAAUGUGAGGAUGAAAUCCAUGGUGAAGAAUGUGAAGUUUGCCUUUGAAACGGUUGCUUUGCCAAGGACAGCUGCUUUUUUACUACUGUUUGCAGUUUUUAAGAAACACUAAUUAUUACGGGCUGUAGGGAAGGUGUUCAUUAACAUGUAAUAAUUAAAAUUACCCAUCAUAUUCAAGGACAUACAUAAUACACAGUAUAAGGUGCAAUAAUUAAACUGUAAUGGAAUAAUUGAAACUCAGUCUGCUCAUUUAUUUGAAAAACAAACAAUUGGAAAAUCUGUUAUGUAUCUCUAAGCUGGCUUUGAUGUGUACUUUGUGUAACGUUGCAGUUACAUUUUAAGCUCGUGUCUUUACCACAGCACUGCCAGCUGUUCUGUGGGCUUCUAAUUGGCAUAACAGACUUGCCUUUUGCUCAUUUUCUGCUGGUUUUUCAUACAACACAGCUUUAACUGACCAUUUGGGAUGUUUGUGAUGAAGUACAAACCCACCAGACAUUAAAUCUCAAAAUUAAGGAAUUUGAAGCAUGCGUAAUGAAGAACUUUUAAAUGAAGUGUCAAAUUGAAAUAAACAUUUCAUGAAUAA